GUGGCUAAUUUAGCUUGCUCCAUCUCCAACAACGAAGAAGGUGUGAAGUUAGUACGGAUGGCAGCCACCCAAAUUGACAGCCUAUGUCCACAGGUUAUAAAUGCCGCUCUCACUCUGGCUGCUCGGCCUCAAAGCAAGGUGGCCCAGGACAAUAUGGACGUGUUCAAGGAUCAGUGGGAGAAGCAAGUUCGUAUUCUGACUGAGGCAGUGGACGACAUCACAUCUGUGGAUGACUUCCUUUCUGUGUCAGAGAACCACAUCCUUGAGGACGUUAACAAAUGUGUAAUUGCCCUGCAAGAGGGAGAUGUGGACACUCUUGAUCGAACUGCUGGAGCCAUUCGUGGAAGAGCUGCCCGCGUGGUCCACAUCAUUAAUGCUGAGAUGGAAAACUACGAACCUGGGGUCUACACUGAGCGUGUCCUGGAGUCCAUCAAACUCCUGUCUGAAACUGUCAUGCCACGUUUUGCUGAACAGGUGGAAGUGGCGAUUGAGGCGUUGAGUACAAACCCCCCACAGGCCUUUGAGGAGAAUGAAUUUAUUGAUGCAUCCCGUUUGGUCUACGAUGGUGUCCGUGACAUCAGGAAAGCUGUCCUCAUGAUAAGGACACCAGAGGAGUUGGAGGAUGACUCGGACUUUGAGCAGGAGGACUAUGACACUCGCAGCAGGACUAGUGUCCAGACUGAAGAUGACCAGCUUAUUGCCGGUCAGAGUGCUCGGGCCAUCAUGGCACAGCUUCCCCAGGAGGAGAAAGCAAAGAUUGCAGAGCAGGUGGAGAGCUUCAGACAAGAGAAGUGCAAGCUUGAUGCAGAAGUGGCCAAGUGGGACGACAAUGGCAAUGACAUCAUUGUGCUGGCCAAGCAGAUGUGUAUGAUCAUGAUGGAGAUGACAGACUUCACCAGAGGCAAGGGUCCCCUGAAGAACUCCUCAGAUGUGAUCAACGCAGCGAAGAAGAUUGCAGAAGCAGGUUCCAGGAUGGACAAAUUGUCUCGUGCUGUUGCAGAUCAGUGUCCUGACUCAGCCUGCAAGCAAGAUCUGCUGGCCUAUUUGCAGAGAAUUGCCCUGUACUGUCAUCAGCUUAACAUCUGUAGCAAAGUGAAGGCAGAGGUGCAGAAUCUGGGUGGAGAGCUUAUUGUUUCUGGGUUGGAUAGUGCCACCUCUCUGAUCCAGGCCGCCAAGAACCUCAUGAAUGCUGUGGUGCUUACUGUGAAGGCAUCCUAUGUAGCUUCCACCAAAUACCAGAAGGUUUAUGGCACAGCUGCAGUCAACUCACCAGUGGUUUCUUGGCGUAUGAAAGCUCCAGAGAAGAAGCCCUUGGUUAAACGGGAGAAGCCAGAGGAAUGCCAGACACGUGUGCGACGAGGUUCCCAGAAGAAACACAUCUCCCCUGUCCAGGCCCUCAGUGAAUUUAAGGCUAUGGACUCCUUCUAAGAAAUAAUAAAAGAGAGAAAAAAAAAAGAUGAUGGAAUAAGUUGGUGAAAAAAGUCCCUUUUUACGUUGUGUUAAUCUACUUCUGUUUGCUGUGUCUGUGCGCGCUUGAUGAUGCCGCGGGAGGACUGCAGUAUAUAUUAAACUGCCUUUGCUGUGGCUAAGCUAACACUGUGGUCUUCAUGGCUCACAGAACACCAACACAGCCGAUAGUAUUUAUUGAUCUUGAUGUAGCUAAAUGUGAGAGCCAAAACUUCUUGAGAAAAAAAUGGGACUUGAUAUUUAUCAAAAGAGGAAAAGUGGCAAAUAAAAAAGUGUCAGUCAAUAUUUUAGCUAUAUCAUUAAUGUGCUACAGGCUGGCUGCUUUUGAAAACUAAAACUGAAUGGAUCCAGAGAAUGAGUAGAGGAGUCAUUCUGUACUGAAGUAAAAGUGUUGGUAAAACCCCUUUUGAUUAAUUUUUUUAUUUCCAAUUCCGAUUUCCAAUUUGAAUGUUAACGUAGUGCUAGGGAUAUCUAGGGAAGUAUAAGGAUCCAAGUAGUCUUCUUCCUUAUAAAGUUACUAUGACAAUAAUCCACAUGGUGUUUUCUUUUUUCUACCAAAGCACAUUUAUGUUCUACUGUAUUCCCGCUUUGAAUUCCUUUUAUUUAUAGAUUUAAUCUCUAACUAUGACGAGCUUGUUUGGAGGUUGUGUAGUGUAUCAUUUAGACAGAGAGGAUUGUUAGUUGUGGUCUCCUCUGAGAAUAGAAUCCCUGCAUACAGUAACUUUAUAUUCACCCUUCUCUAAUAAAUCCCUCAACUUCA